AUGGUCCAUUUUCUAAUUCUUCAACCUCUGAGUGAGUCUCUGCUUCUAUGGCUGGCUUUGGUGUACAGGUGCUCUAGUCCUCUACCUGAAACUCAAACUCCACUUCUUUCACUCCUCUCAAUGUCGCUAACGAGUGUUGAGCUCAACUACCUUGUCUGGCGAUAUCUCCAGGAGAGUGGCUUUGAGCUCGCCGCAUACGCGUUCGAACGAAACUCGAAAUGUCUCGAUUACGCCCAUCCAUUGAAUAGAGCUGUAGACAUGCUCCAACCUGGCUGUUUGCCCAACCUUGUACAGAAGGGAAUCCUCUAUGCGCUACUAGAAGAGUCUGUGGUAGACAAGCUGAAAGCCCUCACGUUGGUCGAGGCGGUAUUGUCAGACCAGAAGGCACAAGAGGAGGCUAGGGUGAAACUGCAACAGACAGAACCUAAGAAGAUCCUUAAUGGCUCUGCGCCUGCAGAAACUGAGGGUAGCGUAGAUUCGAAUAGCGCCUCCGCGGAUGGAGACGAAAUGGACGUAGAGGAGACCCAAGACAUCUCCUUUUCAACCAGCAUACUUUCUUCACCGGUGCGCUGUCUACCUUCCUUGGUGGCUGCAUGGCACCCCAGUACAGCGGUUAUUGCAUUGGGUUCAAACGACCUGACCGCAGUCAUUCAUGCAUUGAACUCCAGUGGGAUCGCUGAAUCUGUUACCCUCAAUCAUCCUCCGGUUUUGGAUGGUGAAACAUCGCUUCCUAACCCUAUAUCCAUGGUCUCCUGGGACCCUCAGGGCACGAUGGUAGUCACUUCUGGUAUCAACGGUGAGUUGCGCGCAUGGUCGCCUGAUGGGCGUCUCAAAAAUGUGGCCAACUCGAUGUCUGACUUGGACCAUACUGCGGGUGCUUUGAACUCUCUUUUGUGGAACCACAGAGGUCUGCUUGCCUUUACUAUCGAUGUGAACAAUACCUUCCGCUUGUGGGAUGGUACAACGCUAUCCUUCAUCCAAGAAGUUCGAGACACAGAACCUGGUCCUGCCGACAUUUGCGGCUGUUGGUUGGGUGAUAAGAAGUUUGCCCUUUCCACAGGUAAAAACACAAUCAAGAUAUAUUCUGUAGGCCUGUCAGGCAAUGCCGAAGACAUGACAGUCGUUUGCGUGGGACAAUUGGGCGGACACUCAAACCCAAUCACGAAUCUCUGUUUCAGCGCCACAUCCCGCCUCUUGGCUUCGCUGUCUGACACUGACUACUCGAUCAAAGUGUGGAAUAGCCAGUCUUCUCAAGAUGCUCUUGAAUUGAACAUUGUCGCUGAGAAGGUACCCGAUUUGCAUUACCAUACUUCUCCUGUAAUCGGACUACAUUGGCUUAAUCGUCCAGGCGACGUCCAAGGAAUUGAGCUUCUAUCAAUCUCUAUGGAUGGUGCUGUUAAUAUCUGGGAUGCAUUCACUGGUGAUCUGCUUGUCAGCGCCAACGUGUUCCAGAACCCAGACAACUUUGCGUUCGAGACGGAACAGGAACCCGAGCUUCUCACAAAAAAUUCACUCAUUUUCGCCACUGCGAUCUCACCAAAUGGCAAGUUUCUAGCUAUAGGAGACGACUCGGGCAAUGUAAGUAUAUGGGAUGUAUUGGUGUCCAGAUAUGUCAACACCAAAGAUCUUCUACGAUGCGUGGCAGUGUUCCCCACGCCAGACAAAGAAGCAGGAAUCUGCGAAUUGGUCUGGGACCACAGUGGGAAGUAUUUGACAGCGUGCUACCAGGGCACUGAAAGUGCCAUUCUAGAGUGGCUGCAGACGUAG